AGUUCAGCAGAAAGCAAAUCAGGUAUCGGCGGCCAUGCUCCGGGUCUACCAGGGCCUAUUUCGUCCCUAUGUUGGACUCUCCAUGCGGUUAAGCAGCAGUAGGAUAGACCCGAAGGGCAUCCUGGCCAAUCGGGUAGCCGUGGUCACAGGGUCCACUGAUGGGAUUGGCUUCGCCAUCGCCCGGCGUCUGGCUGAGGACGGGGCGCAUGUGGUGGUCAGCAGCCGGAAACAGCAGAACGUGGACCGGGCAGUGGCCACACUGCAGGGGGAGGGGCUGAGUGUGGUGGGCACCGUGUGCCACGUGGGGAAGGCCGAGGACAGGAAGCGGCUGGUGGCCACGGCCCUGGAGCACAGCUCAGGCGUGGACUUCCUGGUGUGCAAUGCAGGGGUCAACCCCCUGGUGGGGAGCAUCCUGGGGGCCAGUGAGCAAGUGUGGGACAAGAUCCUGGACGUGAACGUGAAGGCCCCAGCCCUGCUGCUGCGUCAGCUGCUGCCCCACAUGGAGAAGAGGGGGAGGGGUGCUGUCAUCCUGGUCUCCUCCAUUUCAGCUUACAUGCCCCUGGUGGAGCUGGGUGCCUACAAUGUCAGUAAGACAGCCGUGCUGGGCCUCACCAGGUCUCUGGCACUGGAGCUGGCCCCCAAGGACAUCCGGGUGAACUGCUUGGUUCCGGGACUAAUCAAGACUGACUUCAGCAGAAUGUUACAUGAGAAUGAGACUUUCUGGAACAGCCUCAAGCAAAUCCAGAAGCUUCAGAGGCAAGCAGGGUGUGGCGCUUCAGUGGUCUGGGUCUGGUUGGGGAGGUGCAGCUGUGUCUAUCUCAAGAGCAGACCCCUGCCUGUGUCUCUGCCAUUCCUUUGGCUGGAAUCUGGGCCCCAAACAGCCCUGGAGGGUGCAGGUAGCUCUGCUGAGCCCCCCUGGUCUCCCCGUGGCACCACUCCCACUGCAGCAGCAGAGCCAGGGCUGAGGUCACAGAUGCUGUGUGUUCUGUCCUUCCAUCCAGGAUAGGGCACCCUGAGGACUGUGCGGGACUCGUGUCCUUCCUGUGCUCUCCAGACGCCAGCUACAUCAACGGCGAGAACAUUGUGGUGGCUGGCUUCUCCCCUCAGCUCUGACCAG